AUGUCGUCACCCAUCACCCCAGAAGCUGCGCUUGCGGAACUCCAGGCGACCGCGUUGUCGCAGCGGGCACACAAUGCUCUCUUCCGUCUCAAACAACUCAAAUCUCUUCACGAUGCGCUGCGCAAUAACAGCAAUGCGAUCAGAGAUGCACUGAAGCAGGAUACACAUGUAUCAGAUGACGAGGCAACUACCGAGGUUGCGCUUGCGCUGGAUGUAGUCAAAGAGCACUACGGCUCGAUCGAUGCAGCCAAAGAGCUGGAAGCUGAGUACAGAAUCACACAUGGAAAAGAUGCCAGUGAUAGGAGAGAGCCCUGGGGUGUUGCGUACAUUGAGCCUCAAAGAAGUCACACGCCAUUCUUCUCGGUCAUCGCACCCUUGAGCGCGGCUCUUGCAGCAGGCAGUUGUGUUGCCCUGAAGCUUGAGAACAACCUUCGCGCACUCCCCUCUCUACUCCGAAAAUUACUUACCGAAGCCCUCGAAUCAGACACCUUCGCCGUCAUCUCAUCUGAUCCGCCUUCAGACCCAUUAUCAGGGUGUUUACAAAUCUUUCAAGAGAAGCAAAUCGGUUCUCCAACAUACUCGCAACUUGUAUCAUCACGAAAUAAAGUCAUCGCAAUCGUGGACCGUACAGCAGAUCUUGCCUCAGCCACGGAACAACUAGUAGCAGCACGCUUCGCAUUUGGUGGAACAUCACCAUAUGCACCCGACCUAGUCCUCGUCAACGAAUUCAUCAAGAAAGACUUCUUAGAGCAUGUUCUAAGGCACUCUCUUCGCUUCUUGGCUGGAUCCAGUGGUAUAUCAAAUGGUUCGACAAAUGCAAGAGAGCAGAAGAAGUCUUCGCGUGUAGCAGAGACUUUCCAAGGGCUUACGGACAGCAAGUCAUGGAAGCUAAACGUCAUAACGCAAGGCGACAACGGCGCCAUCGUUGAGCUCUCUAGUCUCUCCUCUCUACCAGCCAAAUCCCAACAACCCGUCUUCAGUGUAUCCGCCAUCACAUCUCUCGAGCACGCCAUCAGCCUCGUCGAAGAGGAUCUGGAUCCCCAAGAGAGUUUGCUGGCUGCAUACCACUUCGGUACCCCGUCAACUGGCAAAUACCUUUCACAGUUCGUCAAUGCUGACGCCUCCUUCACAAACAACAUCCCCUUCCGUUUGCUCCUCGGGCCAGCAGCUCCAUCUUCCCAGCCCAUUAAUAUGGAGAAACGCUACAUAACCCAAAACUUCACUCGCUUAUCACCCGCAUACAUCGUUGCACCUGCCUCACAGGCGGCCAUGUCGAAAGUUUUAUCAGGCAAGGAUUCGAAGAAAGCAGCGACAGAGCUCCUGGGUAAAGCAACACAGGAGAUCAAGGAGAAGAAGCGCGCUGAGUCGAUUGCAAUCGGGUAUUUUGAACAAGGUAUCUUUAUUGGGUUAGGAGUGUAUGGUAUUCCUAUUCUUACAUGUAUUGGUGCGACGCUCUUCUUUGGGGUUAGGGCGGGGUUGAGGAGGUGGGCGUUUAUUUGA